AUGCGACUGUUCUUGCUUGCUUCCUUGGGCUUUGCAGCGGCCAAGAAUGGAUUGGACGGCUGGUUGCGCUAUGCACCGCUGCCAUGCUCUCAUCAAUGUCAUUCCAAGCUUCCCUCCAACAUUGUCACGCUCAAUCAGACCACGAGGAGUCCUGUGUAUGUCGCCGGAUCCGAGCUCCAAAAAGGACUGAAAGAGAUCUAUGCCAGUCAUGUGCAAAUCCACCAUGGUCAACAUGGCCAAUGCAAAGACUUUUCGGCGGUGAUAGUGGGAACUGUGGCCCAAUAUCGCAAGACUUGUGGCCCUGCAGAUGAGGUUCCACACCUGGACGAAGACGGGUUCUGGCUCAAUACCAAGGGUAGCCAUGUUCGCAUCCUGGGCCAAAAUGAGAAAGGCACUCUCUACGGGACAUACGAGUAUCUGUCGAUGCUGGCCCAGGGAAACUUCUCCGACGUUGCCUACUCCACAAAUCCCUCGGCCCUGAUCCGCUGGGUGAAUCAAUGGGACAACAUGGACGGGAGCAUUGAGCGCGGCUACGGUGGUCCUUCUAUCUUCUUCAGAGGCGAGAAGAUCGUGGAUGACCUGGCCCGGGUGAUUCAAUAUGCCCGUCUGUUGGCUUCAGUCCGGAUUAACGCCGUGGUGGUCAACAAUGUCAAUGCCAAUGCCACCCUCCUGGCUCCCGAGAAUAUCCAAUGCCUGGGCAGAAUUGCCGAUGUCUUUCGACCGUAUGGUGUCCAGAUUGGCAUCUCGCUGAAUUUUGCAUCUCCUAAGACCUUUGGUGGCUUGAACAUAUUCGAUCCCCUUGAUACAACUGUCAUCAAGUGGUGGUCAAACAUCACGAACCAGAUCUACCAGCGUGUCCCCGACAUGGCUGGGUAUCUGAUCAAGGCAGACUCGGAAGGACAGCCUGGCCCACAGACAUACAAUCGGACUUUGGCAGAUGCAGCGAACCUCUUCGCCAAAGCUGUGAAACCGUAUGGGGGCAUCGUCAUGUACCGCUCCUUCGUCUAUGACCAUAAUCUCAACCAAUCCAAUUGGAAGGCAGACCGUGCCAACGCCGCAGUGGACUUCUUCAAGCAUCUGGACGGCAAAUUCAACGACAACGUAGUCGUGCAGAUCAAGUACGGCCCCAUCGAUUUCCAGGUCCGAGAGCCAGCAUCUCCGUUGUUUGCGAAUCUGCUCAAUACCAGUAUGGCGAUUGAACUGCAGGUAACGCAGGAAUACCUCGGACAACAGUCUCACCUAGUAUACUUGGCCCCGUUGUGGAGGGACAUCCUCGACUUUGAUAUGCGUGUUGACCACAAACCAUCAUCGGUUCGCGAUAUUGUGACAGCCAAGCGCUUCAAUCGCAAACUCGGCGGAUCGGCAGCUGUCGUCAACGUGGGCACCAACACCACCUGGCUCGGAAGCCAUCUGGCCAUGUCCAAUCUGUACGCCUACGGCCGGCUUGCAUGGAACCCAACCGAUGACCCCGAAGACAUGCUUCGCGACUGGAUCCGACUUACCUUUGACCUAGACCGAAACCUCCUCGACACCAUCACUCGAAUGUCCAUGGAUUCCCGGCCUGCAUACGAGAACUAUAGCGGGAACCUAGGUAUCCAGACGUUGACGGAUAUCCUGUAUACUCACUAUGGACCCAAUCCCGCCUCGCAAGACAACAACGGCUGGGGCCAAUGGACGCGGGCAGACCGCACGACAAUCGGCAUGGAUCGCACAGUGAAAAACGGCACGGAUUUCUCUGGCCAAUAUCCACCUGAGGUUGCGGCCAUGUACGAGAGCAACGAGACUACCCCAGAAAAUCUUCUCCUGUGGUUCCACCACGUCGACUACACCCAUCGCCUGCACUCCGGGAAGACCGUCAUCCAGCAUUUUUACGAUGCACACUACCAGGGCGCAGAGACUGCGCAGGGCUUCCUCGACCAGUGGGAGUCACUACAAGGCAAAAUUGACCAUGAGCGAUACGAGCACAUCCGUCAGCGCCUCGAAUACCAAGCAGGCCAUUCCAUCGUUUGGCGGGACACGAUCAACAACUUCUAUCACAAUCUCUCCGGCAUCGCAGACAAGGCCAAACGCGUCGGAAACCACCCAUGGCGCAUCGACACUGGAUGGCCCUUUCGCGACUGCUUCUGGCUCUGUGGCUAUUGCCACCGUUCCAAUGAUACCGCGGGCACGGCUACAACGAAACUUCACUUUCCUUCCGGGAUGUAUGAUCUCGCUGUUAAUUACUACGAUCUUUAUGGUGGUCAAUCUCGUUGGGCAGUCUAUCUGAAUGACCGACAGAUUGGCAGGUGGCUUGGAAAUACUGAGGAUAUCUUGAGCCACACGCCUUCAAUUUACCUGGAUGGGCAUUCGACUACGAGGAUUAAAUUUCGACGGAUCAAGGGGACCAAGGGCGAUACUCUCAGGAUCGAUGGCACACCUGAUGGUGUUGAGCCGGCUCCGUUGGACUAUGUUGCGUUGCUCCCGCAUGGAGUUGUGGAUUGA